AUGUCACGCUGGACUACUUACACAGACAAAGGUGAAAAGCACGAGCAAGGCAGAUUUGUCUGCUUUGACCACAUUACCUUUUGGGUGGGAAAUGCCAAACAGGCGGCGUCCUUCUAUUGUAAUAAACUGGGCUUCGAGCCUGUCGCGUAUCGUGGGCUGGAAACUGGCAGCCGCGAGGUGGUCUCCCAUGUGGUGAAACAGGGGAAGAUCAUCUAUGUCUUCUCCUCUCCCCUAAAUCCUGGAAACAAAGAAAUGGGGGAUCACAUGGUGAAACAUGGAGAUGGAGUUAAAGACAUCGCCUUCACUGUGGAGAACUGUGAUUUCCUGGUUCAGAAAGCCAGAGAGCGUGGAGCGGUCAUCAUUAAGGAGCCUUAUGUGCUGGAGGAUAAAUUUGGCAAAGUGAAGCUGGCUGUGCUUCAGACAUAUGGGGACACCACACAUACGUUUGUGGAAAGAACAGGAUAUAACGGACUUUUCCUCCCAGGCUUCCAUGCUCCUCUAUUCCAUGAUCCCCUAUUGGACAAACUGCCAAGUGGGAAACUGGAUUUCAUUGAUCACGUGGUGGGAAAUCAACCUGAUGAUGAAAUGGUGCCGGUUGUGGAAUGGUAUCGGAGAAAUCUGCUGUUCCACAGAUUCUGGUCUGUAGAUGACAAGCAGUUGCAGACUGACUUCAGUGCUCUGCGCUCCAUUGUGGUGGCCAACUAUGAAGAGACAGUGAAAAUGCCCAUUAAUGAACCAGCUAUGGGAAAACGCAAAUCCCAGAUCCAGGAGUAUGUGGAGUAUUAUGGAGGCCCAGGAGUACAACACAUUGCCAUGAACACAUCAGACAUCAUCACCGCUAUACGUAACCUUAAGGAACGUGGAAUGGAGUUUAUGUCUGUGCCAGAAACAUAUUACCAGCAGCUCCGUGAGAAACUGAAACACUCCAAAGUCAAGAUUCUUGAGGAUCUAAACACGCUCGAGGAGUUGAAAAUCUUGGUUGAUUAUGAUGACAACGGCUACUUGCUGCAGAUCUUCACUAAGCCUGUGCAGGACAGACCCACUGUGUUCCUGGAGGUCAUUCAAAGACGCAACCAUCAGGGUUUUGGUGCAGGGAACUUCAAAUCUCUUUUUGAAGCAAUUGAAGAAGAUCAGAGAGCCAGAGGGAACCUCACUGUCCUGACUCCUAAUGGUGUGUCAGAGACCCUAUGAGCCUCACCCACAUACGCACAAAAUACACAAACUAGCACAUAUACAUGAAAAC